AUGGCGCCGUCUGCUGUAGAAACUGACGUUAAAAACCCCAUGCGGCUGCAGCACAGCAUUAUCAAGCAGAAGAUAGCCAAGACAGACACUGUGGGCGUCGAUCAUACCUCUAUGUCCCGAGAUGUUCCUCUCAACGGUUCACAAUCUCAGAAACAAGACGGAGCCUCUUAUGACACGGAAAAGAUCCCACACUUGAGUAUAUCCAAGAACUACAAGGUUUCAGAGCAACCAAUAGGUACAGUACGGCCUGUCCGUAUGAUAUGUAUUGGUGCCGGGGCAAGUGGGGUGAAUCUUGCAUAUCAAGUCCAGAAGAACAUGCAACAUACGGAUUUGGCCAUAUAUGAGAAGUCGCCAGCGAUUGGAGGCACGUGGUAUGAAAACCGUUAUCCCGGGUGCAAAUGUGAUAUUCCGUCUCACAACUACCAAUUCUCGUGGGAGCCGAAUCCCGAUUGGGCAGAGAUGUUCUCCCCAUCAGAUGAGAUCAGAGAAUAUCUGGAAUCUUGUGUCAAGAAGUACGAUUUGGCAAAGUACGUCCAUCUCAACCACAAAGUGAUUGGCGCAACCUGGAACGAAAAUGAUUGCGUAUGGAACGUCGAAAUCGAGGACACCGUGAAUCAGUUGGUCUUCUCCGACUGGUGCCAUUUUCUGGUAAAUGCUGGCGGCAUUCUCAAUAAUUGGAGAUGGCCAAACAUACCAGGGCUCCAUGGUUUCCAAGGGAAACUGGUUCACAGUGCUAGUUGGCCAGAAAGCUGGGAUUAUGACGACCUGAAAAUCGCCGUCAUCGGCAACGGCUCGACUGGAAUUCAGAUAGUUCCUGCUAUGCAACCAAGGGUCAAGGAGCUCGUGCACGUCAUACGUUCUCCGACAUGGGUAACACCAGGAGCAGCCUCGAGGUAUCCAUCCCUGAGAGGUGGGUCAAUGCCAGACCGAUUCAGUGAUGAGCAGAGAGAACAUUUUCGCAACGAUCCUAGAUCCUACAUGGAGUUUCGAAAACAAGUCGAAAGAGAAAUCAACGGCAAGUUUCAGAUGCUAGUUAACGGAAGUGAAAGGGCAGAAGAAGUGCGCAAAAUGGCCUACGAGAGUAUGGUACAGCUGCUCGGUCCAGCAGGUGCUAAAGAGUACGCGGAGAAGAUAAUACCAGAAUUUCCUGUUGGAUGCAGGAGGAUCACGCCCGGUAUCGGCUACCUAGAGAGCUUCACGAAAGAGAACGUCCGGAUCAUAACCGAUGCGAGGAUUGAGAGAGCGGACCAGACUGGAUUGUUGAUGUCGAACGGCGAGCAUAUCGAGCUGGAUGCGAUAGUCUGCGCCACGGGUUUCGACGUUUCUUUCACCCCUCGUUUCUCGAUAAUCGGCCGCGAAGGCGUCAGCUUGACGGACGUAUGGUCGAGAAACAUCCCUUAUGCGUAUCUUUCAAUGACCGUCCCGAAAUUCCCAAAUUAUUUCGUAUUCCUUGGCCCAAACGCCCCCAUCUCCCACGGAAGCGUAUUCACAAUUACUGAACAGUGCUCGAAAUACGUGAUGCAGCUGGUCACGAAAGCGCAGAUAGAAGGCAUCAAAGCAUACGACGUUAAGCAAUCCGCAUGUGAUGAUUUCAUCACCCACGUUCAGCACUUCAUGCCACGCACUGCCUGGGCAGCCAAAUGUCGAUCAUGGUUCAAGAACGGGAAAGUCGAUGGCCCUGUGCUGGCCAUUCAUCCUGGGAGUCGCAUUCACUGGUUCCACACGCUUGAGCGACCCAAGUUCGAGGACUAUGAGUAUACCUACGAGACCGAGAAUCGCUUCCAGUAUCUGGGAAACGGCUUCUCUACGAGGGAAAUGGAGGGCGGUGAUGAUACUUGGUUUUUGGAACAUCCUGAGGCGACGUUUCUGUACUACUAA